CUUCUGGAGCAUGUUGGAACUGGUUUCCACGCCCAUCCCUGCCCACAACGCUCCUGAGAGCGAGCGCGAGGAGGACGGGAAAUACCUGCGAGGAGGGGAGCCGUGUUGCAACUUGAAGCUCGCCACUUUCCCCCCGGUGCGCGCAGUUGCCUCCGCGCCAAUUCCCAUGCUAGGCGAAGCUUCCGAGGGGACGGACGGCCAAGCGCGCGGGGACGCAGCAAAAUACAUCCCAUAGUGCAUGAAUGGGCAUUUAAGAAGCCUUGCUCCUAAAUUACUGUGAAAAUGGAAACCUCAUCUCUGCUGUCAUCCUUACAUGAUGAUUGUAGAUCAGACAACUACCUUGAACCGCACUACAAGGAAUGUUACAGGCUUGCCAUUGAUGUGUUAAUUGAAAGUGGUUCAGAGGCUUACCAAGAAUUUCUUUCCAAGGAGAGAUGUGCAGAGUUUCUAGCAGAUGAUGAAAUCAAUUAUAUACUGAACACAGUUCAGAAAAUCCCUCAAAACACAGUUUGUGCUACUGACAAUGCUGCUGAUGAUACCUCUUCCUCAGGAACUUAUUGGCCGAUGGAAUCAGAUGUGGAAGCUCCUAAUCUUGAUUUGGGUUGGCCUUAUGUAAUGCCUGGAAUUAAUGGUGGUACAAAUAUUGAGUUGCUCUUCCAUCCCCCUCGAAUACAACCUUUUACAAUAAAGGAAACUAUUAGGAAGAUGGUAAAAGAAGCAAGAAAGGUUGUUGCCAUCGUUAUGGAUAUGUUUACAGAUGUGGAUAUUUUUAAAGAAAUUGUAGAAGCAUCUACUAGGGGAAUUUCAGUGUACCUUCUACUUGAUGAAUCUAACUUCAACCACUUUCUGAAGAUGACAGAGAAACAAGGCUGUCAAGUUCAAAGGCUCAGGAACAUGAGGGUGCGUACAGUAAAAGGACAAGAUUAUUACUCCAAGUCAGGGGCGAAAUUCCAUGGGAAAAUGGAACAAAAAUUUCUUCUCGUUGACUGUAAGAAAGUCAUGUAUGGUACCUAUAGCUUUAUGUGGUCCUUUGAGAAAGCAAACCUCAGCAUGGUCCAGGUUAUCACAGGACAACUGGUUGAAUCUUUUGAUGAAGAGUUUAGGACACUGUACGCCCGUUCUUCUGUUCCCAGCUCAUUUGCUCCAGAAUUAGUUAGAAUUAAUAGCCGCCGAGCACUCUGGGAGAACGAGGCCUACCAGCAUUCACAGUCUUCCUUAGCUUCAGCUUCUAGCCUGCGUAACCCUUUUGGGAGGGCCAACAAAACCCACAACUUAGACACCAGCUUUCUGAAGAAACAAGGCAGAUAUGGAAUAAAUGACAAUGACACAUUUACUCCUAGAAACCACAUCUUUCAGAAACCACAGUUUGCACCAGGUUUUCAUAUGCAGAGUAGAAUCCAGCAGUACCAGCCCAACGAAGUAAAUGAACAUUGGAAAAGGCACAGCUAUGCAGGGGAGAAACCAGAAAGGACUCCAUACAUGAUGCUCAACAGGGCAAUGAACCGGGCAAAUAAUCAACCGCAUGGUUGGCAGGUGCCAUCUGACAGUCUCAGCGUUGUAUCUUCGUUGCACGGAAGUUACAAAAACCUCAAUGUGCCUCAACAGAGUCUGGUUGACCGGCUUCCACAGCCGAAGCUGAAUAUUGCAGACAGGAACUCAAUUGUACGGAGAUCUUUCAAUGGAACAGACAGUCACAUCCGCUACCUACAGCAGAGAAUGCCGACCCUUGAACGCACCACGAAAUCUUUCCUGCGCAACUGGCGCAUUGAAUCGUAUUUAAAUGACCAGUCGGAUUUUCCAGCAGACUCAAAUGGCUCAGGGAUAGGUGAUAGGUGUGAGGGCUUUGAUGCAGCGGAAAAUAUCAAGGCCCAUGCCCUUUAUGCUCACUCUCGCCUGCGCUCCUCCUUUGUCUUUAAGCCAACUUUGCCAGAGCAGAAAGAAGUAAACAGCUGUGCCAGUUCUUCUAAUUCGACUAUCAUUGGUUCAGAUGGCAGUGUGACGCCCAAAGGAACGCCCAACCAUGUUCCCAAGCCAGAAGAUGGAGCUGAUGACAUUGAGGCAGAACCAAGCACACACGUCCCACUGGAACCUGAGGUAGUCAAAAACAACAACCUGCCGAUUUCAGAAGAUAAGAAACCUAGUGUAACUCCGCCAGUUAGUCAAGAAAAGCCUACCUACCUAUAUUCAACUCUGAGCACAAGCAGACCAGUAGAAUUUCUCAAGAAUGAAAGCAUACUGAAAAGGCGAAGUUUUCCAAUGUUUGACAAUUCAAAAUCUGCUUUGGAUCUUGGGAAUAACAAAGAGGCAGCCAGCUACGUCUACAGCACACUAAAUAGGAAUAGACUUAGACAACCGGCUGCUCUAAAGCCACCGCUAGAGGAGGACCUACAAAACUCUAAAAGCUUGUACGAUGUUGCCAAUCAUCUAUCACCUGACAGUAAUAAGCUGAAAAGUGAACAGGCCAGGUCUCCCACCACCCCGAAGUCCAUUUCUGUGGCUGCACUAGCUGAAUCGAGCAAAGAUGACCCUGGGAAAGAUGCCUCGCCGAAGAAAGAGAACAAGAAUUCCCCAAGUUUCCUGAAGAAGGGGUCGCAGAAACUGAGGUCAUUGCUGAACCUCACACCGGAGAAGAAAGAGAGCCUGUCCAAAAACAAAGCGCCUGCUUUUUACAGAAUGUGUAGCAGUUCUGACACUCUGGUGUCAGAAGGUGAAGAAAAUCAAAGACCCAAAGUGGCGGAAAUAAGGGUGGAAUGUUCUCCCAGGAAAAAAAGAAACUCCUCAUCUAAUUCACAGGGGAGCCUACAUAAGAGUAAAGAGGACAUUACUGUCAGCCCAAAGUCCCCCAAAUCUCCAAAAUCUCCCAAGUCCCCCAAGUCUCCAAAAUCACCAAAGUCUCAAAAAUCUCUGAAACCUCCAUCAGAAGAAAACAUGAAAAGGGGGCCUGUUGUGAAACCAAUAGAAAAUAUGCUGUUGGAAGUACCUCCAGGCGACCCAUCUGCUCCCAGAUUUAACACUGAGCAAAUUCAGUACCAGGAUGUCAGGGAGCUGCGUGCAAAUGCAGGCCGGGAUCGGGUCCCCCCACCAACUGCUGCCGCUAUUCCUCUGCACAGGGUCAGUGCAGCGGCGCCUCGUCUAUCGAGCACCAAGCCAAACGAUGAGCUAAUAAGACCUCGCUUGAGCGACAGGCGUAUUUACAGUCGCUUUGAGCCGUUUUGCAAAGUGGAAAGCUCUGCUCAGCCAACAGGAACUCAGCAAGCAAGCAGCACCCAGAAAAACAGCGCUCACUAUCCGGAGACAAAUAGCAAGGCCUCUAGGAAUAAUUAUGGAAGGAGCAACCAGGUGGCGAAUUACAACCCUGGUGUCUACCACCCAUUGCACCCCAAUGAAAACAAGUUGCGAGGAAUUAUGCAAAAGUUUGGGAAUUUUAUAUACAAAAAUAAAUGAAACCUACUUAUGGAAUUUUUUUAUUUUAUUUUUUAAAAUAUACCUGCUGUAAAUACUUAAGUACAGACUGCUGGACAGCUUUUGUAAAGCUUAACUCAAAUCCCUACAGGAGUUAGAACACUGCUAUACAUGUAUAUAACUUUGGUUCAGCAUAGGUUUUGGAAUCCGACCUGUUGAUACGUAUUUGCGUUUUUAUGUCGUUUGAGGUGUAACUCACCUCAGUGCUGGCAAUAAACAUUCUUUUAUAAACCCUGCCAAAACAUGCAAGGUGGAGCCACUCUUUCCAUAAAAUUGCUUUCAUGCACAAUAAAUGCUCAUUGGUUACUAA